UCUUCCAAAUCCAACAUUUCUACACCAUUUCCCACGUCGUCUGCAACUUGCAAACUCUUUUAAUACAUUGCAGACCAAACCUACAAGUCAACGAGUCUGUGUAUCGUAUCAUGAAUCUCCUCGCUCUUUCCUACCCUUUUCUUUCAAAGUUCAAAAUUUUUUUUUUCUUUUUCUUUCUUUCUUAUAAACGCAUCAUAACAACAACCCCCAUCUUCUCUGUACCUUUCAUUUCAUGAAAAAAAGUUAAAAAGACUUUUCAAGUUUUCAUCAUCAUUAACAUACAGUACAUAUAUUCUCGAUCUCCAUCAAAAGCUAGCUUUGAUCUCUCUAAACUCUCUUUCUAUCAUCAUCAUCAUAAUCAACAUGUUGCUUGUAGAUUGUUCAAACUGCCGUAGAGCUUUAGAGCUUCCACCAGGUGCUCAUUCAAUCCGGUGUGCUAUUUGCCAUGCUGUGACUCGCAUAGCUGACUCUCGUAGCCUCCAACCACCACCACCACCACCCUUCACUGCUCCGUCUCCUUACAACCACGCGCCACGAGGGCCGCCUCCGGCCGUGCACGGCCGCAAGCGUGCUGUCAUUUGUGGGAUAUCUUAUAGGAACUCACGGCAUGAGCUGAAGGGUUGUAUUAAUGAUGCUAAGUGCAUGAAGUACUUGUUGGUCAACAAGUUCAACUUCCCUGAGUCUGCCAUUCUCAUGCUUAAUGAAGAAGAAGCUGAUCCUUACAGACAUCCCGUUAAAAGCAACAUUAGAAUGGCACUGUAUUGGCUUGUGCAAGGUUGUCAACCAGGAGACUCCUUGGUUUUUCAUUAUUCUGGUCAUGGUUCACAGAAAAGGAACUACACUGGAGAUGAGAUAGAUGGAUAUGAUGAAACACUCUGCCCCUUAGAUUUUCAAACUCAGGGAAUGAUUAUUGAUGAUGAGAUCAAUGAAACCAUUGUCCGGCCUCUUCCUCGUGGAGUUAAGCUCCAUGCAAUCAUAGAUGCUUGCCAUAGUGGCACCGUUUUAGAUUUACCAUUUCUAUGUAGAAUGGAUAGGACUGGGAGGUAUGUAUGGGAGGACCAUCGCCCUAGAUCAGGUGUGUGGAAAGGAACAAGUGGUGGGGAGGUCAUAUCCUUCAGUGGCUGUGAUGAUAAUCAGACCUCAGCAGAUACUGACGCUCUAUCAAGGAUCACUUCAACUGGUGCAAUGACUUAUUCUUUCAUCCAAGCCAUUGAGCGUGGACAGGCGACUACAUAUGGAGCCAUGCUAAAUGCAAUGCGGUCAACCAUUCGUAACACAGAUGAUGAUCUAGGUGGUGGUGGUGGUAUAGUGACAUCUCUUCUCACCAUGCUUUUGACAGGAGGGAGUGGUAGCGGGUUGAGACAGGAACCACAGCUUACUGCAAAUGAACCGUUUGAUGUGUAUGCAAAGCCUUUCUCCAUAUAACUAUCAGAGCAAUAUAUUUUGUCCCUUGAGUGUGUACAGAUAACAGGGAAAACCCAUUUCUUGUUUCAUUGUUUUCUAAUGGUUUUUUUUUUCUUUCUUUCUUUCAUUUUUGUUGUUCCCCUGAAUUCUUCAAAGAAGGGUAUUAUGCAUGGCUUACCUAACCUUUAUGUAACAUUUCAAGAUUCAGAGGAUGAGGAUUGAUGAAUUCAACAAACCUUUUAGUCCCAAAGCCCAAAUGGGGAUUGAGUUCUUGAAUAUGCUGAACACUGUUUCACUGAUCAAUUAAAUUUUCAUUUUUCAAUCAA